UCAUCCCUCUCCCCCGUGUAGCCCGCAGGCACAAGAUGGCCCAGGGUGAGCUGGCUGAAGGCAGCUGCGGAUGUCGGCAGCCGGCGCGUCACCGCCAACUUCGCGACCCAACCGCAGCCACCCACCUAUCUCCACACUCGCAGCAUUCACUUGCCCCUCCCUCCCCGCCACCGACACACACUGGUUCUUGUCGUCGAUGUCGAUCUUGGUGGGCUCGGGGAAGUGGCCGGCCAGCGAGAAAUCCCACACGUCACAGCCGUACCAGUGGCCACUGGUCGGCUCGUCGGGCGGCUGGAUGCCGGCACUGAUGAAGGAGCCGAAGACGUACUGGUCCUUGCGGAUGAGGAACACGAGGCCGGUCUUGCCGCCCACACACCGCAGCACAUCGCUGUAGGUCGUGCCGUCACGCGAUGACCUGACGCACACACAGACAAUGCUCUCUCUCUCUCUCUCUGUGUGUGUGUGUGUGUGUGCUGCAUCUAUACCGGUAGAUGGACUGCAGCUUCAUGGUGUGGUCGCCCAGCAGUCCCAGCAGGUCGUAGUACUCCUGCCGUGUCAGCGAUGUGCCCUCCGGGAGAUCAACCUGCCCAACAACACAGUGGCACACACACACACAUGCGACCAUGGCUGCCGAAGUCAUGUUGUUUGUCGGAUUGUUCUCACCGUCUGCAUGUGAAUCGCCAGCAGCGACGCCAUGGCCUCUCGCAGGCCGUGGUUGGGAUGGACGUCGACUCCGCAGUCGCGCCCUGAUCAACACGACUCACUGCAGCCCUCACCUGGCCACAGAUGAGACCCACACACUGGCCACACACACACAGAGAGAUGCACACAGACAAAGAAGGUCAGCGCAUUGAGGUGACUGAAUGGGUGGGUCAGUGAGUGUGUGUGUGGCCUCCCUCUGACCUCUGCUAUCUGUCAGCUCAGCGGCCCGCCCUUCCACCACACCAGUCCACAGGGCGGCGGUGGGACGGAUGAUUCCACUGAUCCGCUAAGCCGUUCUCUCAGCCGAAUGCGCCACGCUCUACAACGCACAGCUGUGAGAAAGGCACACAAG